AUGAUCAGCUCAUUGGCAGUUGAGUUUGGCGCGUUGCGGCUCGCAUGCUCCCCAAAGAUCAUUACAGCCACUCGAAACCUGCCGGCUCGUGGCACCAAACCACUGCCACGUCAUCUCUGGGACAUGGCCGAUAUGGAAGAGAAAACCGGCGGCCGCUAUACCCACAAACCACUCAGAAUCAACAGAUUGGGAGGAAGAGACCCGGAAACCGGCCGAAAAGUCAAUCAACACAUCGGUGGCGGCGUCAAAUUUGACUAUUUUAUGAUUGAUUUUCAUAGGAGAGGUCCAACCGCCCAAGGAUCCACCUAUGACGAGCGGGUGCUAGAAGUACGUCGCGACGCCAAUCGAACGUGUCACAUCGCGCUGUGUGCUGGGAUGCAGGGAAAACGAUGGAUUUUGGCGACGGAGAACAUGAAAGCCGGAGACAUCAUCUCAACGAGUGGCCAUUUGUCUGAAAAUCCAGUGAUUGGAGUGGAAGGGAAUGCGUAUCCAAUUGGAUCGUUGGCUGCGGGUACUGUCAUCAAUAGCAUCGAACGCUACCCCACAAUGGACUCGGAGACGUUUGUGAAGGCCGCCGGCACGUCAGCGACCAUCGUCCGUCACCAGGGCGACUAUACCGUAAUCAAAUUGCCCCAUAAGCACGAAUUCUCACUUCAUCGAGAGUGUAUGGCUACAGUAGGACGACUAUCGCAUGCCGAUAUUGAUUCCAAGAUUUUCGGAUCCGCACAAAUGCAUCGGAGAUUCGGCUACAAAAUGUCCUCUGGCUUGUUCCACAAAAAAGACGGCUAUUUCGGACGCAAGGUUCGUGCUCUUCCGCCGGUUCGUCAGCUGGACACGCCCCCACAGGCUCCGCCCCCUUUCCAACGGUUCACUUUGACGAAAACGGACCUAUCGGGACUUCAUGGACACGCGAAAGUACACAAUUUGAUUCCAUCCGGAUAUUCGACGAGGGAUUAUCCGGAAUAA